AUGGAAAUCUCUGUUCUUAUUCUACUUCUUAAACUCCUUAUGAUGCAUAUUUUCAUAUUCCAAUGUGCAUUAUCGUCAUCAUCAUCUUUUUAUUCUUCUUCUAAAACAAACAACAAUACAGAUAUGUUCGCAUCACUAGCCAUAAAAUCCAAAAUCCAGUUGCCUUCAAAUAGCCCAAUACUUAGUAGCUGGAAUCCCAGCAACACCAGUUUCUGCAAUUGGGUUGGCGUCUCUUGCAGUCUUCUCCACCAACGUGUGAGUGCCUUGAAUAUGUCAUAUAUGAAUAAAUAUGGCACUAUCUCACCUCAUAUUGGAAACUUGUCCUUCCUGCGCACUUUAAACCUUGGUAGCAACAACUUUCGAGAUCCGACACCUGAAAUGAUCGGAAAGUUGCAUCGUUUAAGAAAGCUGAACUUGAGAGAUAAUCAACUUGAAGGGAGCAUACCAUCAACCAUUAAUGGACAAAGCUUAAGCAGUUUGGAGAAACUUAUUCUACAGUACAACAACUUGGUAGGUACCAUUCCUUCCUUUGUCUUCAAUAUCUCAACUUUAAAAGUUAUUGCUCUCUCAUACAAUGGUAUUUCUCGAGGUAUUCCAAAUGAUAUGUGUCGUAUGUUUCCAAAACUAGAAACACUUUAUCUUUUGGUUAAUCCACUUGGUGGUCAUAUUCCAACUAGCUUGUGCCUUUGUAGAAAUCUCAAGGAACUCAAGCUAUGUGAAAAUGGAUUGACAGGGAGCCUACCCACAAACAUCGGUUGCUUUUCUGAAAUUGAGUACCUUAGUAUUCCAAUAAACCAGUUGACUAGCACAAUUCCUAUUUCUUUGGGUAAUCUUUCCAAAUUAGAAUUUCUCGAUCUCUCAAAAAACAAUCUGUCUGGAAAUAUUUCAGAGCUCCCCGACUCUUGCUUUCCUAAGCUUAGUGGAAUCUAUUUUCGUUCCAAUCAAUUUAGUGGUAGAAUUCCAGAUUUUAUCUCUAAUGCUGCAAUGCUCACAAUCUUGGAAUUAUCUAAUAAUUCCUUCAGCGGACCUGUGCCCAUAACGUUAGGCAACCUUCGGUAUCUAAAUAUUCUCAAUAUAGGUAUCAAUCAACUGACCAACAAUCCAACCCAAAGAGAGCCUCACUUCCUCACUUCUUUGACACAGUGCCACCAGCUAAGAUAUUUGGAUAUAAAUAAUAAUCCUUUGAAUGGAUCACUCCCAGAAUCUAUUGGAAAUCUCUCCAAUUCACUUGAAAAUAUCGAUUUACGAGGAACUCAACUUCAAGGUAGACUUCCAUAUCAAAUUUUUAACUUGAGUGGCUUAUUAAAGCUUCGUUUAGAAUUCAACAACCUGAGUGGAGCAAUUCCUUCUAAUAUAGGAAAUUUGAGGAAGUUACAGCAGUUGUAUCUCCAUGACAACAAAAUAAAGGGAAAUCUUCCACAUUAG